AUGGACGUCCGUACAGAGUUCUACAACACCAACAACCGCGGCACUACCAAAGACUAUUUAUCAGCCGGGCUAACAAACCUCCCAUCUCUUUACUUCAAUUUCUCCAUCAUUUAUAUGUAUGUUUUAGCGUUAUGGAUCCUCGUAUGCAUCAAGAAGCGUCAAACUUUUGAGUGGAUUCAUUUACUAAUAGGUUUGUUGCUUGUCAUGAAGGUGCUUAACUUGUUCUGUGGGGCGGAGAUCCAACAGUACCUGAAGUUUACAGGUACUCGUCCUCAUGGAUUCGAUGUCUUGUUUUACAUAUUUGGGUUUUUCAGGGUUGUGCUUUUGUACACUGUGGUCGCGGUAACACAGACAAAGAAUGUUUUGAUGAUUGUGAUUGUGAUCCCACUUCAGGUUUUGGCUACUGUAGUUUAA